CAAAUUUAAACGGCCGGCUGGGCGCGUCUUCGAGAGGCUGUUGAGUGGCUUCUUUGUGGGAGGUCGAGCCCGUGAGUGGGGCGCCUGCCUCCAUUUCUCAGCUGGGUUUGGGGGCGCCUCUUGGAAAAGGGCGCCGAGCGAAAAGGGGGCAAUUUGGGAGGCAAACUUUGUCCCCCUUCCUCUUAAGGGGCGGGAACGACAGUUUUCUUUAACGACGCGGGAAAAGGAAGCGGCGGCGGCGGCUCCACCAGGAUGGAUAAUUGUACUUUUCCAAGAUAUAAUGAAAAUGAUAUAAUUGUACACAUAAGAACCCACUUACUGACUUGUACUGAAGCUAAAAACUUUUCGAAAAAUGAUUUAUUUCCAAAUGUCAAGCCUGAAGUAUUGCAUAUGAUCUUCAUGAGAACUUUACAAAGAGUGUACGGAAUCCGUCUAGAACACUUUUACAUGAUGCCAGUGACAUUUGAAACUGCAUAUCCCCAGAUUUUUGAAGGCUUCCUACCUAUAGGGAAUCUAUUUAUUAAUAUGGAGCGAUUUUUCCCAAUCUGCCGUGUCAGUGACUUCCAGAUUGCUGAUGUCAUAAAUCCUAAUGCCUUGAGUUACAAUCCCCCCUCAGUCCAGUUGGUAAUAGGGAGGAUUUGUAGUCCAACACAUUGAGAAGAUGCAGUGUUG